CAACUUGUAUCAUCAGCCAAUAAUAAGAAACAAGAGAAGAACUAUGAGAUCUGCUACUUUUUUCUUGGUUUCCUGUGUUCUCAUGUCUUUCGUUUUGAGCCAUGUUAAAGAAGUGGAAGCUGGAUUGGAUCCCAUGGCGGCUAACCUACGCGUCCGGAAGGAUAUAUUUAUCGGAGGAUGCGGCCGGGACGGAAACAAGACAUGCAUGAAAGACUUUGUUAAGAAAGGAGGUGUGAUGAAUAAGCCCAUUAGUUGCGAGUGUGAUAACCUUGGAUACGAACAUUUAUGCCGGUGUAAUUUUUCUUGAUGUAAUUUUCUUCAUAUCCUUUAUUAAAAUCUCUAAGAAAAACAUAGAAGAAACUAGUUUUAUUGUGGUAUAAUAAUAAUCUUUAAAGGCCUUAAAAGGCUCAUUUCCUUUUAACAUUUGUACAAGUUCCUUUCCAUAUCUAUGAUUAUCAGUGUUUGUCGGUG